AUGGAGGAUCUCUGUUGGUGACAGGUUUCGCGAAUUGUAGUGUUCAUGAUUACGGGGACUGAUGCCCUUGAUACAGGUCCCCAGAAAGUGACAAUAGCCUCUGUAGCAAAAACAACAUAAAUACAUCUCCGAGAGUAGCCUACAGAUUUCCUGUUUUCAGAUAUGGCUCUUCAGCGGGCCAAGGUGUGUGAAACACCUAUCCAGAGUUGCAGCAAGACCAGAGGGCUGCCUGGACUCCCCCCACUUCCAUCCACUGAUAAUCAUCCAUCUGACCUCUACCAGAUUGUGCUGAGAAACAGUGAGCAUCCCCCUUUGAUGAAAGGUACAUCAUGGACUCUUGCAGCACCAUUCAAAGAGCAGAAAUAUCACCGCAGCCCCAGCGAGUCGAUUGCCAACAAUUACACACCCACAGCAUCCGAUCUGAAGCUGAAAGACCUUCCAAAACUUGUGCGAUCCAAGACAACAGGCAGAACUUUGCCCCCAAUUCACACUAGUGUGGAGAUGGUGAAGAAAAGCCCAAGGCAGCGAGGGCCAGGAGUCACAAGGAGUAAAACAAUGGAUGUUGUGAAAAAUGGUCUGAUCAAUGGUCAGUUAUCACCACGUCAGGAAGUUGUGCCAGAACUACCACCAAGUCGACCUCUGACCCCAACUGAGCAGAUGGACAUCAUGCAGGCCAUAGAGGAAGAGGAAAGUAAGCAGUCUGGAGAACCCAAUGACAGAGACCUCGAGCGUUACUACUACUACAUUAACAAGGGUAUCCGGAAAGAGAUGCUGGCUCCCCAGUCUCCAACCCAGAUUAAGAACAUCCAGCUCCUCGUCCCCUCUAGUCUCAUCUCCAGCUGGGAACACGAGGCCCUCAACCAGCAGCUGCUGCAGGAGAUAGAUGAAGGCUACGAGAUGAGCAUCAGGAAGUCAAUAGUUGACUACGUUCUGAAGGACCAGGAUGAGAGAGACAGACUACACAUUGCUUAUACACCAAAACCGUUCCCUCUGAGGUUGAUACGAGCUCCCGUUCCCUGGCACCAGUCGUACCAGCUGUCUCGUAACUUCAACUUCAACCACCUAUUCAUUACAAACUCCAUUAUGCAUGAUCUACAGAACAUCUGGUUUGACCAGUUCAGCCAUCUGCGGUUCAUCAACCUGAAGGAACUGUUGGCGUCAGACCUGCCCCUGCUGCCUGCUGAGUUUGAAUCCCUCGUCAAGAAACAGUGUUGGGAGGCUCAUGAAGUUCUCAGGAAGAGCUGGAUUCCUACAUGUGCGAAGGUGUUCAUUGAGAAGACCGACCUGUGGCAGGACCUAGUUCCUCCCAAUGAUACAGACUCCACAGAGAUGAUUCAGGAAUUCUUCCGCUGCGUCGCCGCCGUCAUGUCCAUCCACCUCCGCAGCAUGGUCAUCAACUCACUCGGGGACUUCCUGGAGUUCUUCCAGAUACACAAGGUGGGUAACGACUUCGGUGAGGAGUUUGACGAGCUGCAGUACGUCAUGCCGCAGAUCAUGAUCAUCAAGUUGAGGGUGGAGGACCCCAAGAUCGUGUUUGACCCACCCUUCAGGGAGAUCAGAGACAUCAUUCUCAAAUGUUUCUCCGAGAUCAUUGCCAGUGGAGAGGGACUAUCAAGGGUUGAAACGGAACUAUUCCCUGAUAUGAGAGGUCAGCGCCUCCUCUUGAGGUCAGUGAAAAUCGAGGAGACACUGUUCACCGACUUUGUUGAUAAGGCCAUGGAGAUCUUCAAGGAUAACACGGUGGGACCUCAGAAAUACCUAAACAUAUACAAGAAAUAUUCAGAUCUGCUCAACAACAAAGCCGAUCAGGACGUGUCAGCCUUCCUCCGAGAAAAACAUUCCAUACAAGCUUUCAAGAAGAAAAUCACAGGUUACCAGGAUCUGAAGGAUGAGAUUGCUCUGCUCCGAAUCACUGUCCCGUUGAGCAUGUUCUGUCUUGACUGUGUUCAGCUGAACACAGAGCUGUGUCUCAGGGCACAAAGACUGAAGGAAAGACUCAUUGUAUUUGAAGUAGAUGAGAACCGAGAGCUGAACAGAGCCAUCUGUCGUCGGUAUGACGAGAUGGCCGACAGAGUGAGCGAGAUUCCUGAGACCACACAGGAACUGGUUGAAACGCAGGAAUUCCUCAAAACUUCUACUGAAGUUACAGUGUACAAGCUGAAGGAUGAGAUAGAUGAGUCGGCUAACAGACUGAUGUUCCUCCUGGACUACGCUAUCUUCCCAUUUGAGGAUAUCAAGCUGAACAGCACAGUAUUCCACUGGCCAGACCAUAUCCGUACAGUGUUUGAGUUGAGCCAGAACCGCAUUGUCAACAAGCGUGACACCAUUGAGGAUCACCUCCGCAAGAGGGUGUCCGACUUUGAGGACCGACUGAACGGCUACUACAAGGAGGUGGAGUCCUUCAGGAAGAAGGAGAUCAUGAGCCCCGACGAGAUGAAGAACAACACGGAGCUGCUGGCCCGUAUCACGUCAGACCUGGAGAAGGCUCGGGAAGAUCUGGAUGGCAUCAAUGAAGAAGAACGCCUCCUUGAGUGGGAACAGAGUGCGUUCCCCAUCCUGCACCAGAUGUUCCAAAUGAAGGAACCUUAUGAGAAACUGUGGAACACAGCGUUCACCUUCACUCAACGACAUGAAAACUGGACACAUGGUUCAUUCAUGGACCUUAAUGCUGAAAACAUUGACACUGAGGUCAGCGAGAUGUGGCGUGCAAUGUACAAACUCACCAAGACCUUCAACGACCAGGCUGGCCCGCGCCGAGUUGCAGAUAGUGUGAAGGGCAAGAUUGAUAAGUUCAAACAACACUUGCCUAUCCUCCACACCAUCUGCAACCCUGGCAUCCGGGACAGGCAUUGGGAUAUGAUGAGUGACAUCGUGGGCUUCAGCAUCAAGCCAGAGCCAGACACAUCUCUACAUCACAUGCUGGAGUAUGGCCUGUCUAAACAUCUCACUAGACUUGAGGAGAUCGGCGCAGCAGCAGCCAAGGAACACUCCCUGGAGAAGGCACUGGAGAAGAUGAAGUUUGAAUGGAAGGAUCUGCACUUUGAGAUGAUUCCAUAUCGAGAUACGGGUGUGUCGAUCCUGUCUGCUAUAGACGAUAUACAAGUGCUGUUGGAUGACCACAUCGUGAAGGCACAGACCAUGCGGGGCUCACCAUUCAUCAAACCAUUUGAGAAGGAGAUGCAUGAAUGGGAAGAGAAACUUGUGCUUAUGCAGGAUAUCAUUGAUGAGUGGUUGAAGUGCCAAGCCACCUGGUUAUAUCUGGAGCCAAUCUUCAGCUCUGAGGACAUCAUGGCACAGAUGCCAGAGGAAGGUCGCAAGUUCGGGAUCGUGGAUAGCUACUGGCGUGACAUCAUGACCGAGUCGGCCAAAGACACACAGUGUCUGGUAGCCACUGGUCAGGCCAACAUGCUGGGCAGGCUGAAGGAAGCCAAUGUCCUCCUGGAGGAGAUUCAGAAGGGGCUCAACGCGUACCUGGAGAAGAAGAGACUGUACUUUCCAAGAUUCUUCUUCCUGUCCAAUGAUGAGCUGUUGGAGAUCCUGUCAGAGACUAAGGAUCCAAUGAGAGUACAGCCGCAUCUCAAGAAGUGUUUUGAAGGCAUCAACAAGCUGGAGUUCACAGAACAGCAGGAGAUAGUUGGAAUGGUAUCGGCAGAGAAUGAGACAGUGCCUUAUGUCACCAAGAUCUUCCCUGCAAAAGCUAAGGGCAUGGUAGAGAAGUGGCUGCUGCAGGUGGAGGACGUGAUGAUCAGCAGUGUGAGGAAGGUCGUCAUGGACUCUGUCCAGGCGUACAAGGACACGCCCAGGAAGCGCUGGGUGGUGGAAUGGCCAGGACAAGUCACGCUGUGUGUCAGCAGCAUCUUCUGGACCGUGGAGGUUGUGGAGGCCAUGGCCAUCAAGGAUGGAAUGAAGAAUUACCUACUGAAGUGCAACAAACAGAUUGAGGAGAUUGUGGACCUGGUUCGAGGCAAGCUGGAGGGAGGAGCUCGUAUCACACUCGGUGCCCUCACUGUCAUUGACGUACAUGCUCGUGAUGUGGUUGCUGGUCUUGUAAGGGACAAUAUACAAAGUCCUCUUGAUUUUGACUGGCUGGCUCAGCUCCGUUACUACUGGGAGGAUGAUGUCAUUGUUCGUAUGAUCACCACCGACAUCAAGUAUGGGUAUGAGUACCUGGGCAACACACCUCGGCUCGUUAUCACACCACUUACAGACAGGUGUUACAGAACCCUUAUGGGUGCCCUGAAACUGAACCUGGGUGGUGCCCCUGAAGGUCCUGCUGGAACAGGGAAGACAGAGACAUGUAAAGAUCUAGCCAAGGCUGUGGCCAAACAGUGUGUUGUCUUCAACUGCUCAGAUGGCUUGGACUAUAAGGCUAUGGGCAAGUUCUUCAAGGGCUUGGCACAAGCUGGAGCGUGGGCUUGUUUCGAUGAGUUCAACCGUAUCGAGCUGGAGGUGUUGUCUGUGGUUGCCCAGCAGAUCGCCAGUAUCCAGCAGGCUAUUGCUGCUCGGCUGAAGAGGUUCAUGUUUGAGGGCACUGAGCUGUCACUGAACCCAACAUGCACCAUGUUCAUCACCAUGAACCCUGGCUACGCUGGAAGACAGGAGCUGCCUGAUAACCUCAAGGUUCUGUUCCGAACAGUAGCUAUGAUGGUCCCAGAUUAUGGCAUGAUUGGAGAGAUUGUCUUGUACUCAGUCGGAUUUGUGGAUGCUAGAAGCUUGUCUAACAAGAUUGUUGCCACGUAUCGUCUCUGCUCCGAGCAGCUGUCGUCCCAGCACCAUUAUGACUAUGGUAUGCGAGCUGUCAAGUCUGUGUUGACAGCAGCUGGUAACCUCAAACUCAAGUAUCCAGAUCAGGAUGAAGCUGUGCUGCUCCUCAAGGCCAUCAAUGAUGUGAACCUGCCCAAGUUCUUGGCUCAGGAUGUACCGUUGUUCGAGGGCAUCAUCUCCGAUCUGUUCCCUGGUGUGCAGCUGCCGAAACCAGACUAUGGCGUCUUCAUGGAUGCUCUGAAAGAAAACAUUGCCAAGAGGAAACUGCAGGCAGUGCCAUGGUUUAUAGACAAGAUUAUUCAGAUUUUCGAGAUGAUCCUCGUACGACAUGGUUUGAUGGUGGUGGGUGAACCACUGGGUGGGAAGACGAUGGGCUGGCAGUGUCUGGCCGAUGCCCUCGGGGACCUGCAUGUAGCCGGCCUGUUUGAUGAGUUUCGGGUCGUCCAUCGUAUCAUCAACCCCAAGUCCAUCACCAUGGGUCAGCUGUAUGGAUGCUUUGACCCUGUCUCCCAUGAGUGGACCGAUGGUGUGUUGGCAAACACAUUCCGAGAGUAUGCCAGUAACCCAAAUGAUGACCGCAAGUGGAUCUUGUUUGACGGCCCUGUAGAUGCUGUGUGGAUUGAAAACAUGAACACUGUACUGGAUGACAACAAGAAGCUGUGUUUGAUGAGCGGUGAGAUCAUCCAGAUGAGCAACAAGAUGAACCUGAUAUUUGAACCGGCGGAUCUGGAGCAGGCCUCGCCAGCCACUGUUAGUCGGUGUGGUAUGAUCUACUUAGAACCCCACCAGAUGGGUUGGCGGCCACUCAGAGACUCGUACAUGCAGCAUGAGCUGCCACAGAAACUGUCUGAUGAGAACAAGGAACUGGUAGCCGACUUGUUUGAGUGGCUAGUGGAUCCAUGUCUGCAUUACAUCAACAAGGAGUGCAAGACGUUCAUCACGACGUCAGACAUGCACUCGGUGCAGUCACUGAUGAGGCUGUUUACUUGUCUGUUGGAUGAGGUCAAGGAGGCGUGCGAGUACGAGGUGGAGGAGGGUGUGGAGCCCAAAAGAGGUCUAACGAACCAACAGAUAACACUUUGGCUCCAAGGUUUGUUCCUGUUUUCGGUCAUCUGGACUAUCGGUGGAACACUGACUGGAGACAGUCGGAAGAAGUUUGACAUAUAUUUCCGGACACUCAUCAGUGGGACUGACCCAGAUAACCCCAAACCAAAGAGUAUCAAGAUCACCAAGAGUAACUCUAUCCCAGAACGGGACACAAUCUAUGACUUUUGCUUCGAGAAGAAGGCCAGUGGUCACUGGGUCAGCUGGAUGGACACUCUUGACAAGAGCAAGACCGGUAUCCCUGCAACGGCCAAGGUAUCAGACCUGAUUAUCCAGACAAUGGAGACAGCACAGCAGACAUUCUUCUUGAAGACGUAUCUGUCCCAUGAAAUCUCAACUCUAUUUGUGGGCCCCACGGGAACGGGCAAGUCGGCCAUCACCAACAGCUAUCUCCUCAGUUUGCCCAAGGAUGUUUACAUCCCCAACUGCAUCAACUUCUCUGCCCGCACAUCUGCAAACCAGACCCAAGACAUCGUCAUGUCCAAACUGGACAGGAGGAGGAAGGGUGUGUAUGGUCCCCCAAUGGGGAAGAGGUCAGUUGUGUUUGUUGAUGAUCUGAACAUGCCUGCCAAGGAGAAGUAUGGCGCCCAGCCUCCCAUUGAGCUGCUCCGACAGUGGAUUGACCACGGUCACUGGUAUGACAGGAAGGACACAUCCAAAGUCUACCUUGUUGAUGUUCUGUUCGUGACGGCCAUGGGUCCCCCUGGUGGAGGAAGAAAUGACAUCACUGGACGAUUCUCUCGCCAUCUCAACAUCGUCUCCAUUGAGGAGUUUGACGACAACACAAUGAACAGGAUCUUCACAACAAUCACAGACUGGCAUUUCUCCAAGGGCUUUGAGCAGUCCUUCCCCAGGAAUGGCAAGCUGCUUGUGUCAGCUACUAUGGGUGUUUACAAGGAGGCCAUUCAGAGCUUCCUCCCAACACCCACCAAGAGUCACAACGUGUUCAACCUGCGAGACUUCUCCCGAGUGAUCCGUGGCGUGCUGCUCGUGCCCCCCACUCACAUGACAGAACCAGAGAAGCUGAUGAGGCUGUGGGUGCAUGAGGUCUACAGGGUCUUCUAUGACCGUCUCAUUGAUGAUGCAGACAGGACCACUUUCUUCAACAUUGUGAAAGAAAUGUCACAGACCCACUUUAAGAUGAACAUUGAUAAAAUACUGGGCCACUUGUCUAAGAGUGGCAACGUUGUUGACGAUAAUGUCCGUAGUUUGUUCUUUGGUGACUACAUGAAUGCUGACCAGAAGGUAUACGAUGAGGUCACUGAUCUCAAGGAGCUGACCAGUGUAAUGGAACACUAUCUGGAGGAGUUCAACACCAUGAGCAAAGCACCCAUGCACCUUGUUAUGUUUAAGUUUGCUAUUGAGCACAUCUCGCGUGUCAGUCGCGUAUUGCUGCAGGACAAUGGACAUGCGCUGCUUGUUGGUAUUGGUGGUUCAGGAAGGCAGAGUGCUUGCAAGCUGGCUACAUUCAUGGCUGACUUCGACUUGUUCCAAAUAGAGAUUACCAAAAACUAUACCACAGUUGAGUGGAGGGAAGACCUUAAAAAGUUGCUGGUGAAGACAGGUUCUGAAGGGAAGCCCACAGUGUUCCUGUUCUCGGACAACCAGAUCAAGGAUGAGUCCUUCAUGGAGGAUAUCAGUAUGAUCCUCAACACUGGCGACGUCCCCAACAUCUUCCCUGCUGACGAGAAGGCAGACAUCAUUGAGAAGAUGCAGGUGGUUGCCAGGAAUGAGGGUAAGAAAAUUGAGGCCACCCCACUGUCAAUGUACAACUUCUUCAUAGAGAGAGUGAAGACCAACCUCCAUAUUGUACUGGCCAUGAGUCCUAUUGGCGAUGCGUUCAGGAACAGACUGAGGAUGUUCCCCUCGCUCAUCAACUGCUGCACAAUCGACUGGUUCCAGGCGUGGCCGGAGGAUGCCCUGGAGAUGGUGGCCAACAAGUUCCUGGAGGAGGUGGAGCUGGAGGACGGCGUUAGGAAGGAGACUGUCAUCAUGUGCAAGUACUUCCAUGAGUCUGUGAGGAACAUGUCAGAGAGGUAUUUUGACAUGCUUCGCCGGCACAACUAUGUAACCCCAACAUCGUAUCUGGAGUUGAUCCUGACCUUCAAGAGUCUCCUGGGUGUUAAGCGAGAGGCCAUAUUAACCAUGAAGAACCGUUACCUGACCGGUCUAGAGAAGCUGGACUUUGCAGCCUCCCAGGUGUCUGUGAUGCAGCAAGAGCUUCAGGACCUCCAGCCAGAACUCAUCAAGACGUCCGCCGAGACUGAGAAACUCAUGAUCAAGAUUGAGCAGGACACAGUAGAGGUGGAGGCCAAGAAGGAGGUUGUAGCUGCUGAUGAAGCUGUGGCCAAUGAGGCUGCUGCUGCUGCCCAGGCAAUCAAAGAUGAAUGUGAAAGCGAGCUGGCUGAAGCUAUCCCAGCCUUGGAAUCGGCCAUCUCAGCCCUCAACACUCUCAAACCAUCCGACAUCACACUUGUCAAGUCUAUGAAGAACCCUCCUCCUGCCGUGAAGCUGGUGAUGGAGUCAGUGUGUGUGAUGAUGGGCUCCAAGUCAGAGAGGAAGCCGGACCCCGGUGGCAGUGGGAAGAUGAUAGAGGACUACUGGGGACCUUCUCUCAAGCUGCUCAGUGACCUCAAGUUCCUGGACCGACUCAAAACAUACGACAAGGACAACAUCCCUCCUCCUGUCAUCAAGAAAAUUAGAGAGAAGUAUAUGUCAAACCCAGACUUUGACCCUGCCCUGAUUAAGAACGCCUCCACUGCCUGUGAGGGUUUGUGUCGAUGGGUCAGAGCCAUGGACACAUAUGAUCGGGUGGCCAAGGUCGUAGCACCCAAGAAGGAGAAAUUAGCCCAAGCUGAAAGCGAGCUGUCUGUACAGAUGGACAAGCUCAAUGAGAAGAGAGGUCAACUACAAGCUGUGACAGACAAGCUGCAGGCGCUGAAUGAUGAGUUCGAGGCUAUGACCCAGAAGAAGAAGGAGCUGGAAGACAACAUCGACCUGUGCUCAAAGAAGCUGGACAGAGCAGAGAAGCUGAUCGGUGGACUGGGUGGGGAGAAGGACAGAUGGACAGAGGCAGCGAGGAUGUUAGGGGAUAAAUAUAUCAACAUAACCGGGGAUGUCCUUAUGUCUGCUGGUGUGGUGGCCUACCUUGGUGCCUUCACUGUCGACUUCAGACAGGACAUCACCAAGGAGUGGCACACGCUGUGCAAGGAGAAGGAGAUCCCAAGUUCUGAAGUGUUCUCUCUCAAUCUUACACUGGGGGAUCCAGUGAAGGUUAGAGCAUGGCAGAUUGCUGGCCUGCCUGUUGAUUCAUUCAGUGUUGACAAUGGAAUCAUUGUUAGCAACUCCAGAAGAUGGCCACUUAUGAUAGAUCCACAAGGUCAAGCCAACAAGUGGAUCAAGAACAUGGAGAAGGAAAACAAACUUGGCAUCAUCAAGUUGUCUGAUGCGAACUACAUGCGUACACUGGAGAACGCCAUCCAGUUUGGAACGCCGGUACUGCUAGAGAACAUUGCAGAGGAGUUAGACCCAAUCCUGGAGCCUAUCCUGCAGAAACAGACGUUCAAGCAGCAGGGUGUGGAGUAUAUUCGCUUGGGGGACAAUGUCAUAGAGUAUUCCCAUGACUUCAAGAUGUACAUCACCACCAGACUCAGGAACCCUCACUAUCUGCCGGAAGUCUCAGUCAAGGUGUGUGUGCUGAACUUCAUGAUCACCCCCCAAGGUCUGGAGGACCAGCUGCUUGGAAUUGUGGCAGCCAAGGAAAAGCCAGAGCUGGAGGAGAAGAAGAACCAGCUGAUCCUGGAAUCAGCUGCCAACAAGAAGCAGCUGAAGGAGAUUGAGGACAAGAUCCUGGAAGUCCUCUCCUCAUCACAGGGUAAUAUUCUAGAGGAUGAGACAGCUAUUAAGGUCCUCUCCUCCUCCAAAGUCCUGUCUGAGGAGAUCUCAGCCAAGCAGGAGAUCGCUGCAUCCACAGAAAAGGAGAUUGAUGAGACAAGAAAUGGAUACAAACCUGUCGCAGUUCAUUCAUCUAUAUUGUUCUUCUGCAUCUCUGACCUUGCCAAUAUUGAGCCCAUGUACCAGUACUCCUUGACCUGGUUCAUCAACCUGUAUCUGCAGUCCAUCAUCAACAGUACACCUUCAGAUGACUUGGAGGAGAGAAUCUUCAACCUCAAUGACCACUUCACCAACAGCAUCUACCGUAAUGUGUGUCGGUCACUGUUUGAGAAAGACAAGCUCCUCUUCUCCUUCGUCCUGUGUAUUGGAAUUAUGAGAGGACAGGGCAAUAUCAUGGAGGAAGUGUGGAGGUUCCUGCUGACUGGGGGCGUGGCCCUAGAGAAUCCCUACCCCAACCCAGCCCCUGAGUGGCUCACAGAAAAGUCCUGGGCUGAAAUUGUCAGAGCAGGAAGUCUGCAGAAUCUCAAAAAUUACAGAGAACAUUUUGAAGAAAAUGUAUCGGAAUGGAAGAAAUUCUACGAUUCCUCAGCACCUCAUGAAUACAAACUGCCAAGUCCAUUUAAUGCUCUUAGCGGUCUUGAGAGGAUGGUCAUAUUAAGGACACUGCGGCCAGACAAGAUUGUUCCUGCAACUCAGGAGUUCAUUGUCGACAAUCUAGGCCAGACAUACAUCGAGCCUCCGACAUUUGACCUGGUUGGUUCAUUUGCGGACUCGACUUGCUGUGCUCCUUUAAUCUUUGUGCUCUCUCCGGGAGCCGAUCCUAUGGCGGCUCUUCUCAAGUUCGGCCAAGACAAAGGCUUUUCUGGCAACCGUAUCCAAACCAUCUCCUUGGGACAAGGACAGGGUCCCAUUGCUGCAAAGAUGAUUGACAAUGCUAUCAGAGAUGGUACUUGGGUGGUGCUACAGAACUGCCAUUUAGCCACAAGUUGGAUGCCGAGACUGGAGAAGAUCUGCGAGGAGGUGAUAGUUCCUGAGAACACGCACAAAGAGUUCCGUCUGUGGUUGACCAGCUACCCCUCAGAUGAGUUCCCUGUGUCCAUCCUGCAGAAUGGGGUCAAGAUGACCAAUGAGCCUCCUAAAGGUCUACGUGCCAACCUGCUGAGAUCCUACCUCAAUGAUCCUAUCUCAGACCCUGCCUUCUUUGGUGGAUGUAAUAAGGGAGUCAAGUGGCACAAGAUGCUGUUCGGUCUGUGCUUCUUCCAUGCCAUGGUCCAAGAGAGGAGGAAGUUUGGUCCCCUUGGCUGGAACAUCCCGUAUGAGUUCAACGAAUCUGAUCUGAGGAUCAGCAUGAGACAGAUGCUGAUGUUCCUGAAUGACUAUGAAGAACUACCCCUCCCAGCUCUCACCUACCUGACAGGGGAGUGUAACUAUGGUGGCCGCGUCACUGACGACAAGGACAGAAGGCUGCUGAUGUCACUGCUGUCCAUCUUCUAUAAGGAUAAGAUCAUCAGCCAUCCUGACUACAAGUUCUCCCCAAGUGGUCUGUACUAUGCCCCUGAGGAAGCCCAGUAUCAGAGCUACCUGGACUACGUCCGCACCCUCCCACUCAUCCCCAACCCGGAAGUGUUUGGGCUUCAUGAGAACGCUGACAUCACCAAGGACAACCAGGAAACUCAGCAGCUGUUUGACAGCAUCCUACUAACUCUGCCCCGACAGAGUGGUGGAGGAGGAAAGUCUUCGGGAGAGGUUCUACAAGAUCUUGCUGCUGACAUUCUGUUGAAACUCCCUAAAGACUUUGAUAUCGAAUUUGUGAUAAACAAGUACCCAGUUGUCUACAAUGAGUCCAUGAACACUGUGCUACGUCAGGAGCUGAUCAGAUUCAACCGACUGACGAAGGUUGUUCGUAGCACCCUCCAGAACCUACAGAAGGCCAUCAAGGGUCUGGUGGUCAUGUCCUCCGAGUUGGAGGAAGUGUUUGACUCAAUGCUGGUGGGCAAGGUGCCUGCUGUGUGGGCGGCCAAGUCCUACCCAUCACUGAAACCUCUGGGUAGCUACGUGACAGAUCUCCUGCUCAGAUUGAAGUUCCUCAAGGACUGGAUAGACAACGGUGCUCCUGCCACAUUCUGGCUGUCGGGAUUCUACUUCACCCAGUCCUUCCUGACAGGUGUGUCACAGAACUUCGCCCGCAAGUACAGCAUUCCCAUAGAUUUGGUCGGGUUUGAGUUUGCAGUAACGUCCGAGGAGAGAGAGAUGACAGAAAAACCGGAAGAUGGAGCUUAUGUCUAUGGCCUCUUCCUCGAGGGUGCAAGAUGGGACCGAGAGAAGAUGCAGAUUGGAGAGUCUCUUCCCAAGAUUCUGUUUGACUCCAUCCCUGUCAUCUGGCUGAAGCCCAAUGAGAACAGCAAGUUCAAACCUGUACCAAGCUACUCCUGUCCUGUUUACAAGACCAGCGCCAGGAGAGGGACACUGUCCACUACGGGUCACUCUACAAACUUUGUCUUGUACAUCAACAUACCCACAGACAAGCCUCAACAACACUGGGUCAACCGAGGGGUGGCCGCUCUGUGUCAGCUUGACGACUGAGAGGCCUCAUCGUGGGUGUUAUGUGUCGUGUGUUGUGUUCUUUCUGAGAUUUAAUCCCCAUACACUAUGUCCAGUGAUCAUCAAAAUUACAACAACAAGAGUUGGAAAGGAGAUGUGUUCUGUUUCAAAUGAAUCAUUUGAAUAAAAAAAAUUGUUUAUAAAUUCUUAUUACAAGAGAAGACAUAAAUAAUUGGAUCAUGAACUACAGAAGCCUGGGUUUUUAUGUGUAUUUGUUUGUUUGGUUGAAAUGCAUCUUCAUUUAUUGAUGGAUGCAAGAGGACUUUAAACAGGACCAUCUCUGUCUCUGAAAACAGUCACAUAAGACAGGAGGCCCUGCUACUGCAUUGAUCACUGUACCAUGUCAGGGGUUUGUCCAGAUUGUUUACAGCUGUUACCAUGGAUACUGCUGGUGGGUCCAGUGGUACUCUGUGACUGACAGCAUCAUGUUCAUUGUCAUUGUACAUAGCGAGACCAGGUCAGCUGCUGUGAUCCUACUUCGAUGUCAAUCCGUCCACAUAACACGAGCAGAAACAAAGCAUUAUAUAUAUGUGAAAGUUGUGACACUGCUGUUUUGUAUUUAACAUGGAUCAGCAACAUUUGUAUAGUAUAUUGGAUGACUGCUGCUUAUUGCUAUUGGAGACAUUCCAUUUGUUAUUUUUGUUAUGUUUAACACGUCAAAAUAUUUUUCCUAUUGUACUUACAGCAUUUUAAAAAGAUUUGUUAACUCUUGAUUGGGUACUUAAUUGUUACGGAAUAAACAGACUGUUCUUGCUAUUCCAGUUGUGCACUGCUGAACUGAUUAUUGUUUAUCUGUUUAUCUCAGUUUGAAGUUUGGGGAAAUACACUCUUAUUAACUAAUUGUCAUACUUUGUGAUGGAGCUGAUGUUAACCGAUAACAGUUUGGUCAGUAAUUCCAAGAGUAAUUGCAUGUUUUAAAUUUGAAAUGUACUUAACAUUAUAAUGUUUGUUUUACCUGUGGUGAUUGUACUUAAAGCUUUGAUGACUUGUAUAUUUGUUUUAAAGAAGUUGAGUUUUGUUUUUGUUUUCAGAUGAAGGUAUUUUUCACUUUUAACUUGUAUCAACAAUGUUGUUUUGGCAGUUUGAGUAGGAAGUCAUGUUACAGGUAGAUUACAACCAAGUGAUUUACUGACUGACUGAUUUACAAAGUCCAAUACUGAAGGAAAUAUAAAAGGGAAUAGCUUAAGCAUUGGCUUAUUAUGUUAUUGUAUAUAUACUGUUAAAGAAUCAGAUAUUAUUCUAUAACAGUGGACUCACCCAAAACUAGCAUUUUAUUUUGGUACUUCUUGGUCUGAAUUCUUUCACUGACUCCAGAUUUCCUUUUAGUCUUAAUUAAGUGAUGGUCUUGUGAUAUUUUGAUUAAUCUUUUUAAAUGAUGGGCAGUAUCAUCUGGCAAUCACAUGCUCCAAGUACUGUAACAGAGUUAAAGACUUGAUAAGAAACACGAUUGGGAAAGAAAUUUGUGAUUUGUUGUAAUCAUAAAGCUUUCUAUUUGUCUAAUUUAUAGGUGUUUGAGAGAUGGUGUGAAACUGAAUCAAGAGCUUUCCAUCACAUUUAUGGCACACAUUGUUUGAGAGUUGUAAAUACUGCUCCUUGUGUGAGAUGUGUGAUGGUUUCUGUGAUACUGAAGCUGCUAGUCCCCUACCAAAGUCUUGACGAGUUACUGAAUACUGACAGUGCUGAAGAAUAGGAACACUGCUGAUGUAGAAGGCUCAUUAAUGGGUCCCAAUAUGGUUAAUCCACCAAUUAUGGUUGAUUUCGGAGAAUUCAAGUCUGAUCCACACAUUCAAUCUUCUUGUGAAUUUCUGAAAAGUAAUGUUUUUGAAUAUUUUACUUGAAUUCAGAGUUGUUGAAUUUGAAAAAAGUUGUUGUUUUUUGUAAUAUUUGUAUUCUGAACGGUGAUGCUAUGAAAUCUGCAUUUGUAUCACCAAGAAAGAUGCUUCAAACAAUUAUUUUCUCAUGAAAGCUAUGAACCACCGUAAAACUGUUGAAAUAUGUACUUGCUAUAACUAUUUGCAGGAUUCUACUGUUUAAACAAUAUAAGCUGUUGGUUUGUGAAAUUCAGAAAGAUAUAUAAAUUAUAUAUCAAAGUUUUAUUAUGGUGUGGUUUGCCAGUAAUAAAUGAAUAGAUGUCUUUAUACAAAUAAUUAUAUGUCAAAUGAUAAAUCUUACUUAAGUGUUUGCAUAUAUUGGUAACUGUACAUAUGUAUGUUUGUAUAUAAUACACUAAACCCAUGGUCACUCCUAUGUUAAUGACAUGCCAAAUGCCAGAGGUUAACAACCCAGAGAAACAUUUCAUUAUCAGGUUCUACCUUUAUUUUCAACAGCAUUAUUAACAAUAUAUAUAUUUACACAGCCAAAUUGAAGACUUUUCAGAUUUGUUUGAAAUUCAGAUUGAGAUGAAAUGUUUGAGUUUGCAAGGAUUUUCUUAAAACAUUGUAAGAAAUUUAUUUUAAAGAUUGAAGAAAAGAUUUACCUGUACUUUAGCUGGUGUACAGCACAUGUGUAAAUCAAAACUAGAUGCUUGAAGUUUCUUGUAUUUAUUUCCCUAACAUUUUGAUCAGUGUUAUUUUUAGUGGUGUACGUACACUUGUGGUUGUCCAUAAACAAACUGUGAUACACAUUCAGUGUGCUAAUAUUGUUUUUACAAAAUGUCAAAUAAACAGGCGAUUUUGUCUGA